CCUUCCUGGGUUGGCGUGGGGGCUUGAGCAGAGUCAUGGGUUCUCUGGCCCUGCAGCUGUGCGCUCUCUUCUGCUUGGUGGCUCAUUCGGUUUCUGGCAGCCCCAUCAUGAGCCUGGAGCAGUCGCCUCUGGAAGAAGAUAUGCCCCUCUUCGACGAUGUCUUCUCAGAGCAAGAUGGGGUCGACUUUAACACAUUGCUGCAGAGCAUGAAAAAUGAAUUUCUUAAGACACUGAACCUAUCUGACAUCCCCUCGCAGGAUUCAGCCAAGGUGGACCCCCCGGAGUACAUGCUGGAACUCUACAACAAAUUUGCCACAGAUCGGACCGCCAUGCCAUCUGCCAACAUCAUUAGGAGUUUUAAGAACGAAGACCUGUUUUCGCAGCCAGCCAGUUUCAAUGGGCUCCGAAAAUACCCUCUCCUCUUCAAUGUGUCCAUUCCUCACCAUGAAGAGGUUCUCAUGGCCGAACUCAGGUUGUACACACUGGUACAAAGAGAUCGCAUGAUGUAUGAAGGAGUAGACAGGAAAAUUACCAUUUUUGAGGUCCUAGAGAGCAGAGGGGACACUGAGGGUGGAAGAAGCAUGCUGGUCUUGGUGUCGGGGGAGAUCUAUGGAACCAACAGUGAGUGGGAGACUUUUGAUGUCACGGAUGCCAUUAGACGUUGGCAAAAGUCGGGCUCAUCCACCCACCAGCUGGAGGUCCACAUCGAGAGCAGACACGACGGCACCGAGGAUGCAAGUAGGGGACAACUGGAAAUAGACACCAGUGCCCGGAAUAAGCAUGUCCCCUUGCUUGUUGUGUUUUCUGAUGACCAAAGCAGCGAGAAGGAGCAGAAGGAGGAACUGAAUGAAAUGAUCGCCCAGGAGCAGCUUCUCGACUUUGACACCUUGGGCCUGGACGGUUACUCCCGUGGGCCGGGAGAAGAAGCUUUGCUGCAGAUGAGGUCAAACAUCAUCUAUGACUCCACUGCCCGCAUCAGAAGGAACGCUAAAGGAAACCACUGCAAGAGGACCCCACUCUACAUCGACUUCAAGGAGAUUGGCUGGGACUCUUGGAUCAUCGCCCCACCUGGAUACGAAGCCUACGAAUGCCGUGGGGUUUGCAACUACCCCCUGGCAGAGCAUCUCACACCCACAAAACAUGCGAUUAUCCAGGCCUUGGUCCACCUCAAGAAUUCCCAAAAGGCUUCCAAAACCUGCUGUGUGCCCACCAAGCUAGACCCCAUCUCCAUCCUCUAUCUAGACAAGGGCGUCGUCACCUACAAGUUCAAAUACGAAGGCAUGGCCGUCUCCGAAUGCGGCUGUAGAUAGAAGAGGAGUCCUGUGCUUAUUUAAUAACUGUAAAUGUGUAUAUUUUGUGUUCCUAUUUAAUGAGAUUAUUUAAUACGCGUGUACAGAUCAUAGAGGCUUGCUGCCUUAGGGAAAUGGGCAGGUCAGUUUGUUGUACGAAAUGCAUAUUUUGUGAAUACGGUCUCUUCCCUUCCAAUCUGUUUUUCUUUGGACUUGCCAUUUCCUGGCAAUGACAUUUCCAAUAGCAAGUGGCAAGCCCCCCUGGUGGUCAUCUGUGUCAAUUUGAGAACAACAAGCCUUAAGCAGAAACAGCACGUCAGAUGAUAGAUAUUUGUGUAUGUGUAUGUGUACAUAGAUAAGCUUAUAAAACUUCUGGUUCUGUAGAGGUAGGUUAUAUUCACAUGUGUGCAUGACUCAGUCAAACGUGUAUAUGUUAAAAAACCAGUGGUACGUUCUCAGUCAACUCUUCUCUGAGUAGGAUUUAUGUCAAGAUAAUUAGCACCGAGAAUUUCACCCUCCUAGGAAGUAUUAUAUUUCCUAAAUGCCAUUGCAUAUGUAGGUGUAGCAUUUAUCAGUUGGGUUUGUGCCACUGCUCAGAGCAGCGGGACCAGGUAAAGGGCGCUGCAUGUUUGAGGGGAGAGGUUAUCUGAUGCAGAAACCAAAUGGUUUCAAGAGGCAGUGGCCUAAAUCUACCAUAGCAGAGGAUGAGCCCAUGGGGCAUCGCUGUGCUCUAGACGGCAGCACCCGGUCAAAAAAUGAAAAUGGGAUUCGGGAUGUUCCUGAGAUAAUAGGAUCACAAGCAAGGCAGAGUGUGUUGGCCUUUACUGCUGCAGAGGGUAGAGGAGGUGGGAGAGUGCUCACAGGAGAGGAGGGAAAGGAUUCAGAUGCUAUCCUAGGAUACGUGUAUAAAAUUAUAAGCAGUUUUAACUGGAUAGUUAAAUCUUUUGGACAAACUGUUUUGACUUCUCCAGGCAUCCGACACUGACGGUUCGCGCUUCUAGGAAUGCAGUUUCCAGUACAUUGUCCCCCACUCACCCCGUUGAAUGCUUCCUUAAGAAGUCUUGCAUUUUUUUUACCCUGGGAAACCAUCAGCCUCCCUUUCACAAACCUCUUGGGGUUAUAAACUCAUAUUGCACUAGAAAAUAGAGGUAAGGGAAGCUAUUUGAAGGACAUUUUGCCUAAUUUGGACAUCUGCUCUGUACAUCUACUGUCCACUGGUGUCCAGAGGGCAGAUCCUGGGAAUUCACUGCCCCAGAAAAGUGCAGUUGGGGCCAUCCAUGAGUAUGCAGGGAUGCACAAUUUGAGGUGGCCAUGCAACUCAGAGUCAUUCACUAAUGGAAGAGCCUCCAUAUAAAGUGGUGUGCACGUGUGCACGAGAGAGAGAGUAUGUGUGUGUGCAUAACUGGCUUUGGAAAGCCGCACUUAGAGCCCUCAGUGGGGUGUGCUGUGUCCUUUAUAUCCAUAGUACACACUGUACACCGUUACUCUGUGCUACCGCUUCUCCUUUCUAAAGGACACUGUCUGUAAUAGACAUGAAGUAAGACCUCAGCUGAGCAGGAUAGUUCUGGUUAGAUAAAUAUCAAGCGAAAUCUUCUUUCUGGAUAAAAUGUGUAUGACAGUGAUGUGCUAGUAACUGCUUUACCGCCAGCCAUCUUGAUUUGUAGAUUUCAAUGGUGUAAAUACUCUCACCAGAGCCUCUUUCAAACUACCCAUGUGAUAUUGAGCCGCUUGCAGAAUUCCUGAAAACGGAGCAGGCUGCCCUCAGGAGACAGGUGUGCAGGCCCUGGCAGCCUGCUGCUAUUAGCACGCUGACGUUAGAACACUAGGAUGUGCCAGGCCCUGCUUUCUGCGUGCUGUCUGCCGACGCAGCCAGGUUUUGGUGAAAAACUUGUGGCAAGCACUUACAAUCGCUCUUCUGUUAAUAGCAUGUGAAGAUCUAGGCUGUCAGUGAUUAGGGUGUGUCUCCCACAUGUUUGUCCUUAGACUACAGGACAGACAUAAGCAUCAUUUCUAUGAUUUGCUUCUUCGCUAUGGAAAAGGAGGAUGGAAAGCCACAUAUUGGUUCUUCAAGUGUUGCUCAUUGCAUUUUUUUUCAUCGAGAAAGGCAAAGGCAGAAACCAUUAAUAGGAGACCCCUGCUCCCAUCAGGCCCCUUGCAGCGUGUCUGCACCUCUCCUCCAUCACCGUGUUGACACAAAGCUAGAAAACUGUCACAUCCUUAGGAAGUAGGAGUCACUAAAUGUCCUCUCUGGUUGUAGACCCCAGCUGCACCCCACACCAGUAUUUUUUCCUCUUUUAUGGAAGAAUUAUCACUGAAGUUGAUACACCUAAAUGACUCUCGAGGAGGAUUGUAGCAGAGGGACUUUGACAGCCAACAACCAAAAUAUUCAUGUGUAAGUUUCUAGGCUUCUUAUUAUUUAUUGGUGGAUAUAUUUAUUUUUGUAAUAUAUUGUAGAAUAUCAAAUAUUUUAUUUUUAAUGUUUGUGAUUCCCUCUUGGAUAAAAUAGUGCUUUUCAAAUAAUGCCUUCCUCAGAGUAUGGCUCCUUUACAAUUUAUGGCCUGUAUUUUCUUCUGUCUUUUUGCCAAAAUAUUUCCUGUUACUUGGAGAGGACUUUGCAAUAAGCUUGCCAUCACUUUGUGUAUUUGUGUCCUGUAAGCAUGUUGUGAGCCCCUUGGCAUAGUUACUCAUUUGUAAAUAGUAUAGUUUUAACUGGAUAGUGUAGCUUUAACCGAAGUGUAGGCGUUCCAGAAAAUAUUUAACCAAUAUGUUGUCAUUUUUCUGUGAGAGGCGAAUACUGUCAGGCCCUGAGGGGCUGUGAUUGCGGGUCAGUGAGUGGAGGCAGAGUUUAAUUGGAGCUUUUCAUUCCCCAAACUAGGUGCUCCCUCCUGACUAUUUCGGUUGCCUUCACUGACCACCAAUUCAGAGACGCAGGUGGACAAAUCCAUUUGUAAUUAGACCAAUUACUCUGUAAAUAUUUUUAAAAUGUUAAUUAAAUGACUCCCAAGGGAGUCAGCCUCAAAAUGCCUAAUUCUUUCCUUGUGUGUAAUUUUUAGGCCCAAGACAUUAAUGCUAAAUACUUUACCCAGAACUGUUGGUAAAUGUUUUGGUUUUGUUUAGAAUCUAUAGUCUUCAAGUAAAACAGAUUUCCGCAGACAGGAUUUUACAUAUUGCUUCUCACUGGACCCAUCCACAGCCUAUAACGCCCUGCAGCUUUGUGGCAAAGCCAUUUAGAGUUGUCUGUAACGCAGAAGGGAUGCUGCCUUUUCAAAGGCUGGUGGACGUUUUCGCAGAGUCACUGUGGGCGGUACCUCGCCCUGUGCAGUUCUAGUGAAAAAGGAACACGGACAAGGACAUUUGACUCCACACAUUAGGUGGAAAGAAAAUCUAUAAUGCCGUACACCAGUGGCAUAAAAACAGAAGGCGUUUCUGGGUGUGGCAAUGUAUCCGUCCGUCCACAACCUCAUGUAGGAAUGACGGUUGUCGUGCUGGGCAUGCUUGUCUCACACGCGAGCACUCGUUUUGUGUGUGUCUGGCUUGGUGGCACUGGGCAGGGGCACGCGCUCCCGCCCCCCUGACAAAGCUCCACAGGCGGGGGAACCGCUGAAACCACAGUCACGCACAACCACCGCACCGCGUGCGCAUCUCUGCUCGUGUGUAAAACGCGUUCAUCAUCAUGUCCACAUUUCUGUAGUGAUGACUAGACUAGACGGGAGAUGGGGUAUUUCACACUGUUCAUCAACCGGAUGUGCACGUUCAGAGUCAUCGUGUUAAAUAAAAUGUUAU